AUGGCGCACCUGCGUCUGCUCGUCAGCUUGGUCGGGGCCAGCGCCGUGCCCAGCCUGGCAUACGAUGACGAGCUCAAUUUGAUGCAAAUAUGGAAGACAUCCGACACGAACGUCUCGAGGCAAUCACCGACUGAUGGUGGAUUGAAGUCGUGGCUGAUCACGCUGAAGAGCGAUGCUACACCUGACGAGGUGCAAGCUUUCUGUCAGGAGUUCCAAAGCCCGAUGUACUUGACGCAGGCGCCAUUCUGUCAAGGGUUCAGUUCAGUCGAAGGGCUCCAGCAGAUACUGGAGAAGUACCCUGGGCUGGUCGCCUCACACGAAGAGGACCCGUACACAACGAAGGCCACAGAGCACAUCAUACCAGAUGACAUUCCGCUCGAGCGGCGUACCUACCCGUGGGGCAUCAGAGACAUCAACGCGCACGUGGUCCGGGGGCGGGGCAAGGGCGUGAACGUGUACGUGCUAGACACCGGCAUCCGCACGACGCACGUCGCUUUCGGCGGCCGUGCCUUCGCCGCAUUGGACAUUGCUUCAAAGGGGGUCGGCGGAUAUGCAAGAGUGCGCGCCAACUGA